UGCGGUUACAAUAGGCAAUAAAAAUGCACAAGACGUUUUGUUAAGACAACGGCGCGACAGACGAGGAAUAGACGAUCUUAUUGCUCAACAGCCAGACCGCUUUUGAUGGCUUCAAGAUACAGCCUAGGAGGGUCACUCCUGAUUAUUGCCUGUAUCCUACCAGCAUUGAUCCUAGGAUGUCCAAAACAAUGCGUCUGUAGAGGUAACAAUGUCAAAUGUCCCGCGGCAGUUCAUUUUCCUGAAUCGUUUCCAACAAAUACUGAAAAAAUUCUUUUUGAUGAGUACACUGUGACAGAACUACCCCCGAAAGCUUUCCAAAACCUUCCUAAUUUGACCACGCUGUCAUUUAGUCGCUGCAAUUUCGGACAAAUAAGCGCAUGCGCAAUACCAAGCAAUCAUAAAAAUUUGAAAACAAUUUUGUUCGAUCUGACUGUGAUUGGUGAGAUCAAACAAGGGGCUUUUACACAUCUUAGUCCGGUGUCCAUCACGUUCAGCAAGUCGAAAAUUACAACAAUGAAAAGUUACGCAUUUUGGAAUAUCAAGACAAAGCUACAACUCACUUUCACGAACACAACAGUGCACAAGAUGGAACCAUUUGCGUUUAAUAAUGUUACCUCUGACCUGGGUAUAAAAUAUGAAAAUGGUCGGCUGAAACAUCUAAGAAGUGCUGCGUUUGCCGAUACUCAAUUCAACACUGUUGAGUUGAAACAAGUCGCUUUUGAUAAUUUGGAGUGCAAUGUCUAUCCGAGACUAGGUCUCACCAAAUCGCUGAUCAUUUCUGGAUGUCAAUUUCAGUGCACUUGCGAUAUUGUGUACAUGAAAAAUAUAUAUGCCUCUGAGGUAUGGCUAAAGGAUUUGGUUGAAACGGGGACAUGUACCGGCCCAGAGGCGCUACAAGGCGCGAGCGUCAAAGAUGUCCUGGAUAAUGAUAAAAUACAAAACUGUCCCGCGAGCAAACAGGUGCCCGACAACUGUAAACCUAUCCAAGAAAUUCCGGAACACGUUUGUACAGACAGAAUCAUAAUGGGGGAUGAAGAAUCAAACGGAUCGGGAUCGAAGUCCAACACAAAUAAAAAGGGUGGAAACGCUGCUGAAUGUAGAAGGUCGUCUUGGACACUGUUGUCAUUAGUCAGCAUCAUCCUUCUGGUUUUAUAAAUACGGACGACGCGAAUUCUUCAAUUUGUCCUGUAGAUUAAUAUAGAUAUUUUUUUUAGAUCAAAUGGUAUCGAUAUACAUGUAUACACAUGUAUUAUCAAAUUAGCUGACUGCAGUUCUGUAGCUCCCGGUCAGGAAUCGAAAAAAUUGAAUGGACGACCUGGUCGAGUUUUUUAUAAACCGGGAGCUAUAGACUUCCAACUGUUAUCAAAUUUUUUUUAAAACAUAUUAAAGUCUUGGAGCUAAAAUACUGCAAAAAGUAAGCCGAUUUAUGAAAAGCUCGGCAUUUGUGCUGCAUGUUAGCUUGAUUAUAAAAGAUGUGUAUAUACAUACAUAAUUUAAUGUAAAACUACAGCCUCGUGUCUUCACAAAAUAUAGUCUGGACCAAACAAAAACUUGAAAACUGCUAUUCCAUCAGCCCUCAACAAAAGAGAUUUUCAAAGAGUUGGUACGUUCAAAGUAUUACAUGAACUCAUCAGACAUUUGUAAUCUAUAUGCAAUGUUUCACAAAUAAAUUUGAAGUUUAUUCUA